AUCUAUUCCUUCCUUGGUUAGCAAUAUUGGAAUGCAGCAGAUAGUUGCAGGCUAGCUACAGCCCUUAUGACAACCAAUUGACAUGAUAAAUACACACGAACACACACACUCUCUCUGAUCUUCUGACUGCUCAACCAUGGCCUUUUUGGGCCAAUGUUGUACAAGAAAUUGCCUGAGUUCAAAGAACAGCUUCCUUACAUUUUCAAUUUCCAAGCCAUGCAAGGCAAGGCAGCUUAGAAACAUAGUCACUAACCAGCACAGCACUAGUUUCAGACCCACAUUUCAUCAACUAUCACCAGGAGCAAAGAAGCACUCGAGAAUUAUCUUUCAAAACAUCAAAGAAUAUCGAUGGAGACUAUGCGGCAGUGAUGACGGCUCAUGUGGAAUUGCUCCUUUCUCGCCUCAAAUUCCCUCUGCUGUGGACGUGAUCGAAAAAUUUUACAAAGCCAUCAAUUCGGAGGAAACUGAAAAAUUGGAUGAGAAAUUGGACCAGAUCCUGUCAGAUCAUUGUGCAUAUCAAGACCUUUUCUUUUACAUCCCUUUCGAAGGAAAACAGGCUAUUAAAAACUUCCUGCACAACGUUAAGGAUGCAAUGGGACCUCAUAUUCAUAUGGUUGUGGAUAGUGUGAAGGAAGGAGAGAAUUAUACUGCUACUGCAUUUUGGCAUCUAGGAUGGAAAGACAAACAAAUACCCUUUACCACUGGUUGCGGAUUCUUUGAAUGUGAAGAAGUUCAGGGAAAGCUCCUAAUUAGGAAAAUAACUGGUGUUGAAGAAUUUCCAGUAAAACCUGGUGACUUAUUACUGAAACUGUUGAAGGCAAUCAGCGAUACUUUUGAACGCUACCCAAGGUUAGCAGAAGGGAUGCUGCAGCUAAAUUUCCAUGGCACACAUGAAGAAGGAGGGCCAGAUCAGUCGCUUUUCGACACUUUUUUUGGGCUGAAACACUAAUACAUAAUGCUCACAACUUUAAUUCAUUCAUCUCCAGUGUAAUAUUGCUUGAAGUUAAUUACCAAGGGAGGUUGCACGUAUUUUUUUAAAAAUAUAUUUGUCAAAAUACCAUAAGAACGCAUUAAUACAUUGAAAUAUCAUUAAUGAAUAAUGAUCAUUUCCUUAA